AGAGCAGCAGCAGCAGCAGCCGCCGGAGGAGGGGAGGAGGAGGAGGAGGAGAGCGGCGGCGGCGGAGCGCGGCGGGCGGAGGAGGCGGCGGCAGCAGCAGCAGCAGCCGGGAGCCAGCCAUGGCAGCGGCGGCGGCGGCGGCAGCGGGGCCGGAGGCGGCCGCGGCUGGCGGGGCGGCCAGAGGAGCCCGCAGGAGGCGAGGCGGGCGCCGGGGGCCGCCGUCUUCGCGCGCCUGAUCGCCGGCCCAGCGCGGGGCGCCCGGGCGGCGGAGGAUGCCGGGCAAGAAGCCGGCGGGAGGCGGCGGCGGCGGCGAGCCGCUGGGGGACGAGGCGCAGCAGCGCGCCAAGAAGCGGAGGAAGAAGGGGGGCUGCCCUGCCUCCCCCCCGGCGGCGGCGGCGGUGGUGGCGGCGGCGGCGCCGUCCUGCUUCUCCAGCAUCCAGGUCUUCCUGGUCUCCGAGUGCGCGCUCAUGCUGGCGCAGGGCACGGUGGGCGCCUAUCUGGUGAGUGUCCUGACCACCUUGGAGCGAAGAUUUAACCUCCAGAGCGCCGACGUGGGUGUUAUCGCCAGCAGCUUUGAGAUUGGGAACUUGGCCCUGAUCCUUUUUGUGAGCUACUUUGGGGCCCGGGGUCAUCGGCCACGUUUGAUAGGAUGUGGAGGGAUCAUCAUGGCUUUGGGUGCUCUCCUCUCCGCACUGCCCGAAUUCCUGACUCAUCAGUAUGAAUAUGCAUCGGGGGAGAUUCGGUGGGGGGCUGAAGGGCGGGAUGUGUGUGUGGUCAAUGGAUCCACCAGUGACGAGACACCAGAUCCGGAUAUUAUCUGCAGGAACAGGACUGCCACCAACAUGAUGUACUUGCUUCUCAUCGGAGCACAAGUCCUCCUAGGGAUUGGGGCGACCCCUGUGCAGCCACUGGGAGUCUCCUACAUCGACGACCAUGUGAGACGGAAAGAUUCUUCCCUGUAUAUAGGGAUCUUGUUUACGAUGUUGGUAUUCGGCCCAGCCUGUGGAUUUAUCUUGGGCUCCUUCUGUACCAAAAUCUAUGUGGAUGCUGUCUUCAUCGACACAAGUAAGCUGGACAUCACCCCCGAGGACCCCAGAUGGAUCGGCGCGUGGUGGGCGGGCUUCCUGCUCUGUGGUGCCUUACUUUUCUUCUCGUCUCUCCUGAUGUUCGGAUUCCCCCAGUCCCUGACCUGCCCGCCCGAGGACGUGGCGGAGGUCGAACAGGCCAUGCUGCCCGAACGGGACUACGAGAGGCCCAAGCCAAGCAACGGGGUCGUCCGGCGGCCCUCCCUGGAGGCCGAAGUUGGCACUUCCUGCUUCCAGCAGCUGAGAGUGAUCCCCAAGGUCACCAAGCACCUGCUCUCCAACCCGGUGUUCACCUGCAUCGUCCUCGCAGCCUGCAUGGAGAUUGCCGUGGUCGCUGGCUUUGCAGCCUUCCUCGGGAAAUACCUGGAGCAGCAGUUCAACCUCACCACGUCGUCGGCCAACCAGUUGUUGGGCAUGACGGCGAUUCCCUGCGCCUGCUUGGGCAUCUUCCUGGGUGGCCUCCUAGUCAAGAAGCUGAGCCUCUCCGCGCUCGGAGCCAUCCGGAUGGCCAUGCUGGUCAACCUAGUCUCCACGGCUUGCUACGUCUCCUUCCUCUUCCUGGGCUGUGACACGGGGCCCGUGGCUGGGGUUACUGUUCCCUAUGGAAACGAAUCAGCACCAGCCUCCAGCCUGGCCCCAACUUCUGCCUGCAAUAGCCACUGCAAAUGCCAAACCGAUUCCUUCACUCCAGUCUGUGGGUCAGAUGGGAUCACAUAUAUAUCCGCCUGCUUUGCUGGAUGCACUAGCACGAAUCUCACGGGCUGCGCAUGCCUGAGUCGGGUCCCAGCCGAGAAUGCCACGGUCGUCCCCGGGAAGUGUCCCAGCCCCGGAUGCCAAGAAGCCUUCCUGACAUUCCUCUGCGUGAUGUGCGUCUGCAGCAUGAUCGGGGCCAUGGCCCAGACGCCCUCCGUCAUCAUUCUCAUCAGAACAGUGAGCCCAGAGCUGAAGUCUUACGCGUUGGGGGUUCUCUUCCUUCUCCUCCGCUUGUUAGGCUUCAUCCCUCCUCCGCUGAUCUUUGGCGUGGGGAUUGACUCGACCUGCCUCUUCUGGAGCACCUUCUGUGGGGAGCAGGGCGCCUGCGGCCUGUACGACAACGUGGUCUACAGGCACCUAUACGUGAGCAUCGCGAUUGCCCUGAAGUCCUUCGCGUUCAUCUUGUACACCACCACCUGGCAGUGCUUGAGAAAGAACUACAAGAAAUACAUCAAGAACCACGAAGGGGGGCUCAGCACCAGCGAGUUCUUUGCCUCCACGUUAACCCUGGACAACCUGGGCCAGAACCCGCCCCAUAGGACAAAAUUUAUCUACAACCUCGAGGACCACGAGUGGUGCGAAAACAUGGAAUCUGUUUUAUAGUGACUAGGAAGGGUGGACUGUUAAGCCGAGGGUCCUUUUUAAAGUUUAAAAAAAGAGGAGAUAUAUAGAUAUAUAUGGAAAUAUAAUAUAAUAUAAGACAGGAGGCUGUGUGGGGAUGUUCGAGCAAAAUGGAGGCCCAGGUUCUACCCUGAAAACUGGUGUCGUAUUUUGAAGCACUGUCGUGUCGUUAGGGAAGGGAAGGAGACCUCUGUCCUCCUCUCAAAAGCGGAUCUAGAUGUGAUUUAGGAGAACAGGUUCAUUUGUAUUAUUUGGGGCAAGCAACGGAGAAGAUCUGAGGCUGUACGUCAACGUAUCAUAUGCAUCAGUUGGUGAAAGGAGAGAUGGGCAAAACCGCCAAUGAUUUGGGAGUUUCAGAUCCAGUGUUUUUACUGGAGAGGCAGCCAGAAAAAAAUAAACCAAGAAACCCCCCAAAGCAGAGAGGAAGCGGAAGAAGCGACCCACAACAGUUCCAAAAGAAGUGCCGUUUGACACUCAAGUACCAUCGGGGCAACCCUUUGCAAUACGACCUCGAUGGAUGUAGCUAACCUGGGUGCUGUUCAGUCCCAGAAUUCCCCAUUCUCUCUCGCUCUUGGACGUCCAAAGGAGAGCCCCAUUGGAAUUACUCCACGGAUCCAACCUCAUCGCCACCAGCCACAGUUUCAGGAGACACAACCGGGACGCCAGUCAACACCGCCUCCAAGUCGACACGCACCCCUUUGCCACUUCUAAAGGCACCAGCAUAAUUUCAUUGACAUCUGUUCGCGUCCAGUUACAUUUUGGCAUGAGGACGGAAGCUGGGGAUGGGUCAUCUCUGGCUGUGCCAGGAAAGUGGGGGGCAGGGAACAAUGCGUGACUCUUGCCAAACUCUAUAACCUUUUACAGAUAUAUAGGGGUGAAGAUGAAGUCUCAGGGUGAAGGCAGUUGUUGGUCUCCCAAAACAGUAGCAAUGGCGUGAUGGCACCAAACUGAUGUACUCCCUCCGCAGUGUGCGAGGCGGGGGUGGGAGGAACGGGGGAGAGUUCUCCAUUUUUUCAGCAUGAUUCCAUGUGGAUCAGGAAAAGUUCUAUGGGGGGCAAUCUGGCAACUGUGACCUUUUUGCUGGCAGAGGUUAAAAAUGAAUACAAAUAUGUGCCACUUUAAAAAAAAAAAAAAGCCAGAUGCACUCAAGCAGGAUUGAGGACACGUGCGUCUUCUUCUCGUGAGAAUGAUCUCGCCAGUCAGGCAGCUGGCUGCGUGGUGGUGCGUGCCUUCAGUUGUGCAUCUAAAUAUCACACUUUGGGUGCAGAAGCUGCGGUGAUCGCCCUCCAGAUAAGCUGUCUGUCUUCACCCUCAGCUGUUUCCACCCUCCAUCAAACUUUCUGUUGAGUCUUUUCAUGACAUACAGAUAUCUCCUUUACAUCCAGGCCCCUGUUGACCUAUACAUUGCAGGCAGGUUUCCCUAAGCAGAGAUAUUCACCUUACUCCCUUUUUAAUCUUCCUGCCAAUUUUCCCCAAUAUAUGCUUCCUUGUAUCUGGAUGCCUCAUGAUUAUUUUUCUACAGUGAAGGCGCCUCCAGCACAGAAGAGGCCAAGUAGGUUAUCUCUCAGCUUUGGACCCACAGCCUACAACUCCCAUCAUCCACAGCCUGCAGCGUACAACUCCCAUAACCCCCUGUCACAGUGGCCAAAAGCCAUUUGUGGCUGGGGAGGAUGGGAGUUGUUGUCCAGCCACAUCUGGGAACCCAAAGUUGGGAAUUCCUGAUCUGUUAGAAUAUGGCGGGGGGAGUGGCACAGCUGCCCAAGAUGGCCUUAGAACUGGAGAGGGACAAAUAAGCAGGUGUGUUGCUGUAAACCCCCAAACAGAUCUAUAUCAUUUGAAGGCAUUGGUUAGUUCUCUGCAGGGUUUUUUUGUAAUUGCUCUCGAUUGUCAUUAUUAUCUUUCUCUCCUACAGUACCUGCUGCCAAUCAGAAUGAAUUAAGACCAGUUAUUUUAGAGAAGAUUUUAACAAAGUGAAUGAGAGGACGCUACAAGAAGAGGAGGUAUAGGAAUAGAAGGAAGGAAGGGGAUGAGUCAAAGAGCGAUAGAAUCACAUAAUAUUUUAUAGGUUGUGUUUUGUACACUGAUCUGGGAUUCUGUGACUUUGUGUAGUAGUGCUGUAUUUACCUGAAUCCAAGACUAGGCUUUGUCCAAGUUCUUUGAUGUUAGAAAUUGUGGAGGCGUCUUAAAUUCAAGGUCCUCUUCCUUGUGGGUAGAUACAGAUGUGACCUGUAUUUAACCUGUACUUUUAAAGGGAGUCGUCUUAAAUGCAGAGUCAUCUGUAGAGACUUUGGUCUGGGGCAGUAUAUAAAGGUAUUAAAUAAAUAAAAAUCUUCUAUUCAGGUAAAUACAGUGGGUGUGGGUUUCAGAUGGCAGCCACGGUCCUGCGGUUUUAGGCCAAGGGUUCUCAACCUUGUGCUUCCAGAAACUGUUGGUCUGGUACUCCCAUCACCCUAACCAGCUAUUGUGGCUGGGGGUCAUGGGAGUUGUAGUCUAACAACAUCUAGAGAUCCAAGAUUGGGAAACCCUGCUCUAAACCGUGGCUAGGGUGGCUGUCUGAACACAGCCAGUGGGAUUGCUAUGCAUUGUCCUCCCUCCCUGUCGCUGGGGAAAACUCCCUUCAUUUUCCAAAGUAGUUUGCCAUUUGGGGUUGGGAAAUGCAGCUGUCAGCAAAACGCAAGCCCCAUCUCCCCUUCGACCCAUGGCUCUUAGAGUCCUCGCUUGCCGUUUUUGAGAUGCAGAUCUUGGCUGGGAGUCCGGAUCUUCGGAUAAUGGGGGACUGGGGAGCAGGAACCGAGGCACUUCGUACAACUAUGCAGUGCCAUUCUUACCUGUUGGGUAAUCAAAGACACUUUUUAUGCCACAAUAUAGGGAUCCAUUUUCGUAUAUCACAGCUGCUAAAAUAGCUGUAAUUGUCUCCCUAAGCCAAUUAAUUAAGCGCAAGAGUCAGGUUGCAUAACUGUCUCACAUAAUGUCUGUGUAAUUGACGAGAUGAAGCCUUUGAAAUUGCUCUGUAUGGUUUCCUCGUUUGGGGGGGGGGAAUUGCUUACAGAUUGCUGGUUUUUGGGGGUGGUUUUUUUUAGAAACAAAAGCUUCCAGCAAACUCACCAUUUCGUAUUAGAUCCCCACAGACACAACUCAGCCCUAAAUGGAAUUCACUGAAAUUGAAUUGUCCCUAAAUUGAAUUCAGAGGGGCAAAUCUGAGAUGGAUACACCUCAGUUUUGCUUGAGGAAGUCCUGCCACUCUUGCUAUGGUCAGCAAAGUUACCAUAUCAAAUAGCAGCCAUCUCUACAAAGCAUUAGAGGGCCAUUUCAUACAUUAAAUGAAGGGUCCCCCAGAUGUUGUUGGACUACAACUCCCAUCUUCCCAUUGACAUGAGAAAAGACUACAACAUUUGGUCCUUUAUGGUUUAUAAAGAGGGUGGGGUAAGAGGAGACAUGAUAGAAAUGUAUAAAAUUAUGCACGGUGUGAAUCAAGUGGAUAGAGAAAGGUUUUUCUCCCUCUCUCAUAAUAUUACAACCUGGGGUCACCAUUGACACUUAAUGCUGAGAGAUUCAGGACAGACAAAAGAAAGUACUUCUUGACACAACAUGUAGUUAAACUGUGGAACUCACUGCCACCAGAUGUGGCGAUGGCCACCAAUCUAGAUGGUUUUUUAAGGAAAUUAGACAAAUUCAUGGGGAAUAGGGCUAUCAGUGGCUACUAGCCAUUGUAUCAGGGGGCAUGCCUCUAAACACCAGGUGCUAGGGAACACCAAUGGGAGGGGGCAUUUGCCCUCUUUCCCCCACUUAUGGGCUUCCCAGAUGCACCUGGCUGGCCACUGAGUGAAGCAGGACGCUGGACUAGAUGGGCCUUUGGCCUGAUCCAGUGGGGCUUUGACCAUUGUGGCAGGGGAUGAUGGAAGUUGUAGUCCAGCAAGAUCUGGCGACUCGAGCCAGGAAACCCUUGCAUUAGCUGACAAAAGCCCCCAGAGUUGCCCCCAAGUAUAUAUCUAACAAGGACUCGCAGCCAAUUCUGGCUUCUUUUACCCUUCUCUUUAUUUUUUCGAUACGGAAUGGCUAUGUAGCCUGCCUGUCAGUGCUUCCAGGGUGCUUGCGUAUUUAAAAGAGAAUCAAUACAUUAUAAAGGCAACAAUUAGAACAGGAAGACGGGAAAUGCAGGAGAGAGAACGCCGGUUUCACAGUGGCUUGAAAAAGCCUGGCUGGAGUGGAUGAGACGGGAGCCUCUGAAGGAACCAGCUGAGUUUCCCUAGAGAGGAAAUUCUACAGACGGGAGUCCUCAGCCUAUGCACUUGCGUAUAAAACUAGCUGCCCCCCAAGGCUCGGAUGUUUUGUUUUUCCUUUCCUUGCUACUAGAACAUGGCAUGAACCAAACUAAUCAAAAGUAUUUGUGCGUGUGUGUGUUGGAAGGGGUUCAGCAACAAAUGUGCAGUCAAGCUCCUCACAUCCGGGGAGGGGGUUAUCAAACGGUAGUUUUUUGUUUAAAUUUAAAGAUGCGCUUUUCAAGAAAACGGCACGGCCAUUUAAAAAACAAAAGUCUUUCCUCAGCUGGUAUGGGACUAAUGUCUGGCUUUAUUUGUUACCAUUGAUAUAAACACCUUGGCUGGUUGUAAA